AUGAAAGCGUCUUUUCACGGCUCAGAGUCGGCAGAAGAGCUACGCCGACAGACGAAAACAGGGAAAGCUGUUCCCAAGGUUUAUCGGGCCCUUCGAGGUAUUCGAGAGGGUGGGUACAGUGACUUACAGAUUGGCAUUACUACCAAAUUUCUCGGGUGGUCACACGGUGCUCCAUGUCUCUAUGCUCUGGAAGUAUACUCUAGAUCCACACAUGUCGUGGAUUGGGGUAAGUUGAUUGUUGAUGCGGAUGGGACCUUUGAGGAGGGACUGACGCGCAUCAUGGAUAGUCGGGAACAGAUUUUGUGA